GCGGAUAUAGUUUCUCUAUAAACGAGAAAUAAAACUGGAUUCCCAAUUAAGACUUUUCAGCUUUCAAGCUUUUUCUCAAAGGAAGGUAGGUAUAAAACAUCAUGUAGGUACUUAUUUUGCAACUUUUAUCCAAACAAUUAUAUACAAAAUUAGAAUCUAUGAUUAAAAUUAACUCCGACACGUUUGUCCAAGUUUUGACUGCCUCCCGGGCCUCCGAAAUGGUGAGUAGCGCCACCUCCGACAUUCAAAGUAGACUCGCCAAAUCGGUUUUUGUUUGACCAAACCGGUACUCUACCAUCUACACUUAAAGUGUGUCCAUAACCGUUGGCGUGACCAUAACCAACACUUCCUCCGGAUCCUGGAAAUUACAAUAGAAUUUAUCUAAAAAUCUUGGAAAUUUGAAUUAGGUAAUUACCAUUGGGAUUGUUGAAUCCAGCAAAACCACCUUGAGUUUUUCCGUUGCCGCCGCCUUGUCCAAAUCCUUGAGCUUGUCUAUACAUCAAAAAAUAUUAAUUACUAUUGACAACAAAUAUUUCAACUAAAAAGUACCUUCUUUCACGACUUAAUACUGGUGUCAAAUAGUACUGCUGGCCUUCUUCAUCUUCAACAAUGACCGACGGUACUGCCAAAACUGCGGCAGCUACUGCCAAAAGGACAAAACUGAAAAGUUGCACUUGCAUUUUGUUAUUUCAAAGCACGUUUGACGGUUUGAGACUGAUACUUACAUCUCGGCAAGGUACGACUUAUAUAGUUCUCGGUCGGUACUGGUAAUUCACAGUACGCAGAAAAUCCCCGAAGCCCAAAAUAUGAAAUCAUGUAUACGCAUAAAUUUUAUUGGAAUUAAGGUCAGAGUUGAGCUUUUGUUUGAUAAAAAAAUUAUUUCAAUGUUGUGAUGAUUGAUGUUUAAAAUAUGUAUAAUAAUGUAUUGGGAACAAACUCUAUUUUUCUAUUUUCUCAAGUGGCUGUACUGCAAAGUAAGCAAACGGAGUCGUUCAAUACAGUAUCAAAUAAUGAAAUCAAGUACUAUAUAAGUAGUACCACACAAAUGUAAAAUCAUCAGUAGCAAGCAGUACCUACCUACAAGCAAAAGAAGACACAAAAUGCAAUCUCAACUCUUCAGUUUUGUUCUCUUGGCAGUAUUUGCCGCAACUUUGGCAGUACCGUCGGUUAUUGUCGAAGAUCAAGAAGGCCAGCAGUACUAUUUGACACCAGUAUUGAGUCGUGAAAGAAGGCAAGCUCAAAUAUUUGGACAAGGCGGCGGUAACGGAAAAGUCCAAAGCGGUUUUGCUGGAUUUAACAAUCCCAAUGGAUCCGGCGGUAGUAUUGGUUAUGGACACGCCAACGGUUAUGGACACACUGUAAGCGUAGAUGGUAGAGUACCAGUUUGGUCGAACAAAAACAGAUUUGGAGAGUCUACUUUGAAUGUUGGAGCAGGUACCACUCAUCAUUUCGGAGGUCCAGGAGGCAGUCACAAUUUAGACAAACGAGUGGGAAUUAAUUUCAACCAUAGAUUUUAGUUAGUUUAUAAAUAAUUCGUCAAUAAAGAAAAACUAAUUAUUAAAUUACUGUAGCCGAAAUUAGCACUACUCAGAAUCUGAUCACUUUACCGGCCAAUCAAAACUCUUUUGCCGCUUGAAAGUAAUACGUACCGUUUCAAGAUUUUUCUAAAUUUCUCAAGACUUUGAUCGAUAAUUUGCCAGCUAGAUUAUUCCUUUAAGGUCAAACUUGUCCAAUAUUCCAGUCACCGGAAAUACAGAAUAAUAGCAAUUAGUAUGGCGUGAUACUUUAAUAAAUCAAGCUUUGUUUAUGCAAAUGACAGGAAAUUGAAAACAAAAUGGAAGCCGAAUAAAUUUCGUAUAUAUAGAACAUAAAUACAUAUAAAAACAGUCAAAUCAAUCAUAGUUAAAGCCAUGCUAAAAACAUUUCUCGAAUAAAUAACUCAUUUAAAAUA